AUGUACAUUUGUUUUAUAUGUUCUUCAUUAUUUUCUUCUAUAAACCAACUAAUGUUGCAUUUAAAAAUUUAUCACCAUUUGGGAGCUCAAUCUACAUAUAAGAGUAAACAGCAAGACUGUAUUAGGGACUUUCAAGGUUCAGAACAUUUUAGGCAGCAUUUAAAUAGAGUCCAUUCUAAUACAACACCUGAAUUUACAAUUAAUGAAUUGGUAAUUGUCCCACCUAUACAUGAUUCUGAUAAAGUUGUCUCUAUAUCAGAAGAAAUUGUAAAUUCAAAUGAAAUUGAUAUUAAUAGAAAUUUUGAUAAUGCUGAAAUAGGUGAUAGUAGUAGGCCUUUUGAAAAAGUUGUAAGAGAUUGUGCAUUACAAUUUAUAACAAAUUUGUUUACUAAACCUAAUGUAACCGAAUCAUUAAGAGGACGUUACACCCGUAAUAUUUAG